AUGGCCAUGCAACAAAACAACAACAACAACAACAACAACAACAACAACAACAACAACAACAACAACAACAACAACAACAACAACAACAACAACAACAACAACAACAACAACAACAACACCUCCUCAUCAUCUUCGGCGCCACCGGUCAACAAGGCACCUCCGUCAUCCAGCACGUCCUCCACGACCCAACUGUUACGCCCGUACACCAUCCGAGCCACCACCCGCGACCUCCAUUUUGUUAUCCUUGCACCCCGUGCUCGCGUUUCUUUGUCUCCCGGUUCUGCCGGCCGCCGCAAUUUGUUUGUCCUCCGCGGCUCCGCCUAAGUUAUUCGUCUCCUAGACCCACUGCAGAGCUCGCUUUGACACCUCCUGCAUCUCUAUACCGCUUAAGCUCCUGUCGCUUCCUCUCCACUCCCCGGCCUACUUUAACACCUUUCGUUUCCCCCUUCUCACUAUAGCUCCUGUCACUGCUACGACGCACGAUCCGGCAUGCAAUCCGCCAGCACUUACAGCCCAGUAGCAUGGUGCUUGUCCACGCUGUCGACUGUUCGAAUCAUGGCUGCAGGGAAGUAUAACGAUUUCCUCACAUCAGGGAAUAUAAGACUACCAUGCCCCUGUGAGCGAGUCACUCACCCCGUUUAUCUUGACAAGUCCAAGCAACGCCUAAGGCGCCGGACCCGAACGUUUGUCCUCGACAGGACACAGUAUCAGCAUCUGCCGACCUAAUCAAAUCCAAUCUAGUUUGUGCAAGCGAGAUUCUAUUUACGAGCGAGGCAGUCCGCGGU